UUUGAACGUGAGAAAUCCAUGGAAUGAUGGAAGAUUUUGGUUUCCGAACUAAACCUAAAAGGAUUUUUGCCUUAUGAUUAUCUCUAGCGCUUGCUUCAGCGUCAUAGGAGAGAGCAAAUUAGACGUUGAUGAGUGAUAUGCCUCCAACACAACGAGAUCACAUGGAAAUCGACGACGAUUCGGCCCGCGAUCAAGUGAACGGAUUUUUACCCGCAGGAGUCGCUCAAGUCCCGAAAGAGGAACUUCAAAAAUAUUUGAAAUGUAAGCGCAUUGGCAAUUAUCUGCUUGGAAAAACCAUUGGCGAAGGAUCAUUCGCGCGAGUAAAGCAGGGGUUUCAUGUCUUGACGGGAGAAAAGGUAGGAAAUCAGGAUGUCUGCGAGGUAAUCUAUUCCAACACCAAAAAUCAAAAUAGAGCCGGCCUCAAGGCUUAAACUUCGCGGCGAGCUAAACCUGUAAUUGCAACAGUUGGGAGACCUAGCGUGGUGGUAAAUUUAGAAUACUUUCAUUAUGUUCCAUUUUUAGGCGAAUAUUUAUAUUUCCGUUCAAUUAUGUGUUUAAGCUACUUGGAACUCUUCGAUAAACCUCGUAAUGCAGGACUAGCAAACAACUGCGGAUUAUGUUGUGGGACUUUCUACUCUAAUUACGCUUGAAAGAUUUGGAAUGCAAUAAUUAAAAAAUAAUUUUUUUUGUAAAGACAUCGCAAAAUUCUGUUGCCGUGCGCGAAAUCUGUCGGAAAUAUUAGUUCAUAUUUGCAAACAGUAAGAGUGUCUCAGUGAGAGAGAGAAAAAAAUAUCUGUUGCGACUUUAUGCAAAUUUUCCAUAUGCAAAAAUCAAAUCAAUAUGCUUAUGCUUUUUUAAAACAUUUUGCUUUCGUUUUCCAUUUGUUUUCCUACCAUAGCUGAAAAAUUCAACUUAUGAUGUCGCUUGAUAUUAAAUUAUGAAGUUACUUUAAUUAUCCAGACAGAGUUCAUAAUAUUUCAAGAUUCAAUAGUGUCCACUGUGAUUUCCAGCACUUGUCUUCUAUUUUGCUCUUCUUUCACGUGCUUAUAUCAAUCAUCGAGUUACGAUAAACUUUCUUGAACUUUCUCUCUCCUCUACUCCAAGCUCCUGAGACAAAUGAGAUAUUUAAAGAUAAUCUACGCUCUUCUAAUGACAUUUUCGUGGAAAAAAAAAACUGAACAAAUUCAUCCGUGACUCCUUGAUAUUGCCCGCUGUUGCGGUAGCAGCAUGCUAAAGUCAUGUGUUAUAUUUACAGUUGAGAUUUAUCACGCCUCAACCAUAGUUUACUUCUCCUUAUUCAGAAGAAGCAGCUUCUCAAAUCACUCAGCGAGUGAUAGUCAUUAUCUUGCUGUGUGCAUAGCGCGGAACCAGAAAGAAAAAAUUUUAUUUUAAAAACUGUCGGCAAACUGCGCAUCAUGUCGUGAUGCAAUUUGGUUCAAAAUUGGAUAUUGGCUUUACUCUUGUGACUGUAGUAAUUAUGAUAACGAUUAUAUUCAGGAAGGAAAAGGUUGUUCUUGUAAAAGAAUAGUAAGUUUAAAGAGUAAUUAUAUAGCACUUAAGGUUGUCCUGUGUAUAAACUGAUGUCUUUGACAAAUGAAAUAUCGUCGAAGCUAUUGUUUUGGUUGUAGAUUUUACACGCGAUUCAUCGGCAGUGGAAUUUUAUCGUUUGGUUUGAUGAUCGUCAAAUAAUCGAUCCGAACAGGUAUAACAAAGUGAUUUCCCUCAAUGAAAAAAUAGCCUGGACAUCAAUUGAUAGUAGCAAUUUCAAAUUGUGUAUCGGGUUAAUACUCUUUGAUUGCCUUCUGUUGCGAUAGACUAUGUUGUAUAAAGUUGACCUCUGAACCAGAAAUCUAAAAAUUGUCUUCCAUAUGGUGCAGCAAGAUUAGAUAGAACUUUUAUUUUGCUUGAAGUAAUUGAAUCGUUUUGAGCUCCGUCAAUCGAAAAAAAUAUAGAAGUAUAAAAGAAUGCAUUGCAUUCAAGCUGUGCUUGUGAAUGGUCUUAAUUGGAUUUGCAAUUCACACUGAAUUUCUCACAACUGCGCGCGAACUUGGGAUCAGGUAGAUAUUUAUGGAUAUCUUUACAAAUGAAAUGUGUAAGUUUUUUAUCAAACAUCGCUCGAACGAUUGCUUGGUAUGAAGUAAUUUGACAAGGGUAGUCGUACAAUACUUUGGAUAUUAAUUACUUCGAGUUAAGGAAAAAAAAAUGUUAAGAACGAUCUCCAAAAAGAGUGUCGCUGGCGAAAUGUAAAAUGUCGCGUUUUUGACCCACGCGACCUUCCUCCACGUGCAGAAAUUCGGCAAACCACAAAUGCAGAUUCGGUUUCCGGACAUAUUGAGCCGCCAGUCUGGCUAAUCAAGAUCGAAUACCGCUCUUUGUGGCAUUUUGAAGUGGUUAAUGGAACUAAGCAAAGAGAGAAACCGCCGAAAAUCACGUAUAGUUUCUAUAAUUAUUUUUAGUUUUUGCUUGGAACUGAAUCAGUCUUAUUUUGCUUCUAAGGAGAUAAACUGAAGAAAGACUCAAGAGAGAAAUGCAAACUCGAUUUUCGUUAUUUAAUGGAAAUAAUUUGAAAGUUUCCAGAAAGUUAUAUCUUGAUUGCUUAAAUGUUGAAUACAAAAGAAGUAGGACUAAAGCUUACAAUUAAAAUAUCUGGCAUAUCUGCCCAACUGGAGGCUUUGGAAAAAGUUGUUCUUUUUAAGGGCAAAAGAAAUAUCUUAGUUUCAAAUGAAGUUAACUGUUUACUUAUUAUACAGUUGGUGGUUUGAACCCGGGAGUAACAUUUGAGUUUCUUAUGUGAUCGUCCAGGUGAGCGUAGUCCUGAGAAGGACUAUUGUCUGCAGUAGAGAUUGAUUUUUCGACCACCCUCGCGGAACUCAUCAUAUCAUCGAUCAGAGUCGACCGCCAGAAGUAAACGCUAAACAUGAUGAGGGAAUUUUAUGAUGAAUACCGGAGGUUCUUUUUUUUUUCCUUUUUUUUUUUUUACCUUCAAUUACCGUGACCCUAGGAUGGGCAGGAACCAUUUUGCAAAAGGUGUACUCAUUCUGUCUGGAUUUCAAAAGCUGUCAGCCCCUUCAAAAGGACCAACCUUUAAUCGUGUUUAAUCAGGAUGUUGAAGUGUCACUGAUUUAUUUUGAAUUCCUGUAAAGUUGAUAUGCUUUAUCGUAAAUGAAUGGUUCGUGCUUCGGAUAUGACGAAAGCUGAGUCUUCAAAUUCCUGAACGAAAGCAAGGCCGCGACAUUCCCUCGUUGUUUUGUUUGGUUUUUUUUUUCAUAGAUGAAAAACUUGUUGACAGGCGUGCGUGGCUCCUGUAAGCGUAGUUAAAGUAGUUCGUUGGUCUUCUUAGCUUUACUCUUCACUGUUAACUCUGUAUCCGCUGCAGUUAUACCUCAGAUCCGCUGUUUCCAGAAUUUUCGGGUUAGUGUUAGUGUAUCCCAAGUACAGUAUAAAUACACUAGGUUUUGUUACGUCAUAAACAAAUAAGACUUUGAGACAAUUUGGUAAAAAUAGAGAGAGAGAAACCCCAAUGCGGUUCAAAAAUUAUGUUAAAGAGAUCAAAAUUGCAAGUUCUGAGAAAUUCGUAGGAAAUUUUUUACGGUCCAUUAAAUAACUGGUCCCAUCCUUCUUCGAGAACGUUACUUUCAUUGUUAGCCCGUCAGUCGGAAAGUGUUAGAAAUAUUUUAAAACCAUUAGCUUUGUAACUGUUUGACCGGCGCUGCGGUCCAAAGCCGGUUGUAAUAUUGGAUUUCCGAGGACUUGACAGCCACGUUAAUCUAGGAACUCGGAUGAAAAAUGUGAAGCUCCGAAGGCAUUUCUGGGGAUAAGUUACUUUGAUCCAGGUUGGAGCUGUGGGAAUAUUUUCCUCCAAGGGCUCUUCGUUUUCCUAAGUUUUUUUUUUGUAAUAAAGGAAACGAUGAAUAAAAGAGUUAAGAAACUUAUAUUUCCUUGGGUUCGAACAUGGAGAAACAUGUUGGUGACCUUAUAGUAAUCGUUGUGCUGGACUUAGUAGAAAUGUCCGGUUUCCAGCCAGGGUCAAUUUUCGGGUUCUUUUGCUAUGUCUUAAGGAAAAACAAUGUAUAAUCACAAUACCUCUCUCUGCCCAGGAUUAUAAAUGGUUACCGACAAGCGUCCAAUCUAAUGGUAGCAGAAGUUUCCAUAAUGAUUUUAUCCUGCAAAAACCAUUGAAAGCUAAGGUGGUGGGAUCGGUGUUAUCUGUGUAAAAUAUUCAAAGCUUAUACAGUUAGAAAAAUCCUAGCAAUUCACGAUUUCUUAACUUUGUUUGAUAUGUUCAUCACUUGUAGGUUGCUGUUAAGAUAAUCGACAAGAAGCUAGCCCAUCAAGACAAAUACGUGGCCAGGAACAUGAGGCGAGAAGCGAAAAUUAUGCAAAUGAUUCGCCAUCCAAACAUUGUUCAACUUCUGGAAGUCGUAGAAACGGAACACAGGUAAUUUUAACUAAUCUGGUGAGACGACUUAGAUUUUGGCAAAACAUUAUCCCGAUAUUCUUGUAUUUAAAACUUAAUGUACUUCUUGUAAGUUCUAUUCUGGGUUUAAUGAGGUAGAUUUUGCCCGUUUUAUCGCACGUAAUCAGAUUCCUUGUCUAGACUUUUGUAAUCCUUUAAUUUUAGAUGAGUGCAUGCAAAGAUUAGCUUGUUUAAAUAUUUUAUACUCUUUGGUUUACAAUUAGCAGCUUACCAAGUAAUUCUGUCCCAUUGUGAAUGAGACUUAGUUGACAGUCUGAUUCCUUUACACGAAAAUUUACUUCGGUGAAUCAUCUUAUCCUAACUUCUCGUACGUAAUAAAGCAUAUCAAGCGGAAGUGGAGUUAAAUUCCAAAUCAAAACGUGAACAAUCUGUAGUCGGAUUUUAUGCUCUUUAUGCAUUGGAGGAUAAGCGAUCUAAAGUACUUUCAGGCUAUUUCGCAGCAAUUUAAAAGAGAAGAACUAGUAAGGUCUUGCAAGGCUUGUUAGCUCACGCAGCAUUUCACUGUAUCGUUUCCUUUCCGACUUUCAAUAUUGGAACGAGACUUUUCCUGUAGUUUUAAUGAUGGGAUUUGUGCUUUGUACUGAGCGGUGUAUGUUUUGCGAAAUGAAGUACUGGACAAUUAGAAUAAAUCUUUCAGUAUUUAAAAUGUUAAAACUGUAGACUUUUUGAUUUUUAGAUACUACUUAAUCACAGAGAUUGCAGCCGGAGGAGAUCUUAUGGAUUACAUUUGUUACCGAAGAAAACUUGGCGAGGUGGAAGUUAGAAAAUUUAUUCGGCAAAUUGUGUCGGCUGUGCAUUAUCUACAUCAGGGAGGAAUUCUCCACAGGUUAGUGCGGAAAAUAUAUUUGACGUUUUGGUCGCAGCUCAAUUGCCGCGUUCAAAAAUUCCUCCUUAAUCUUCAACAAACGACAAUCAAACAGAAGUCAGCUUAAAAGCUUUAUCAUCGAGCAAGAGAUAUUAAAAGCGCUUUUCUCUCUGCAGGGACUUGAAAGUUGAAAACUUACUUUUGGAUGACGACUAUAAUAUCAAGAUCAUAGGUAAACUUAAUUCACAUUUAAUAUUACUCUAUUAUUAACGGGAGCAUACAGGGGUGUAGUUAAUGUAGCAAGAGGCCAUUUUCAGCCGGAGCUUAUUCUGGUUUCUGUGGCAUGAAACUUCCUUGUGCUUGUUUUCAAAUUUCUAUGGUAGUUCACUAGUACCCUGUGCUACAUGUACUCUCCAGGGUGGAGAGAGACAUUGUGAAAUAAAUAAUCUUGUCCAAGAACACACAAUUACUCUGCCCAGUCCUCAGUGUUUCAGAACCAGGACUUCUCGGUCUCAGCGUGCUAGGGUAACCACGUUCCCCACAGGGGUGAUGUAGUUCUCUCUUAAACUAUUUAGUUAUUUUUCCUUGUAGAUUUUGGUCUCAGUAACACACUGUUUGUGUCCUCACCUGACGGUCAAAGCACAAAAGAAUUCCUUAAGACCCAGUGCGGCUCUCCAGCUUAUGCUGCUCCAGAGAUCUUGGGACACAAACCGUAUGGGCCUGAGGUGGACGUUUGGAGCAUGUAAGUACCAUUGAAUUUUUAUUCACUCCAACAUUUUUAAUUAGUCUCUUAAGGAUACGGUAGACCUUCGCGGGCCAAUUUUUUUUAGUUUUUUUUUUUCUAUGGCAAGUAGGCAUUAUUAUUUUAGCUAUAGUUUUCAAGAAAAAUUUUGGUGAAACAUGAAAACGCGCGCGAGUUGUUUACAAAAACGUAUUUUUCAACUGAACUCCUUAGCCCGCAAAAGUGUGAAUAGCUUAUUUUUACUUGUCAACAUCAAUGACAUCCGAAGGGUUUCCUGCUGUGAAACAUCCUUAUUCUUGGAUUCCAAUCGCGUAAACAUCUCCAGAUUUCGGUUGCACGCGGUGAUCUUUGCUGUCUGUCUGCAUUUAAAACUAGAACAUCUAUAUGAUAUGAAUUGAGAAAGGUGAAAAGGGGAAGUGUCCCUAGUAAAAAUUAAAAAGUAACCUGGAGUAAAUUUCAUUUACAAGCUAAAAAAACUCACCAUCUUUCUUAAUGCUACAACGUACAUAUUUGUUUUUCUUCCAGCGGGGUCAACAUGUAUGCCAUGCUGACAGGAAAACUUCCCUACUCGGCCGAGCCGUUCCACAUAAACACUCUGUAUAAUAAAAUGAAAAAAAAUGACAUGAAUCCAAUUCCAGAUCAUUUGUCAUCGUGUAAGUUAUAAAUUUAUUAUUUCCCUUUCUUUAUCUUUUUUUGAUAUCGUUGGGUAAUUUUUUUUUCUGCUUGCCAAAAAAUCACGAUUCGUCGACACAUUUUUUACACUUUUGCAUUUCCCGUUGGUAGCGUGCAAAGAUCUUGUCCAGCGUUUACUGACGUUCAGCCGCGAAAAUCGGAUUACAUUGGAUGAGGUCCUUAACCACGAGUGGUUGCAGAAGGGAUUUGAUGGUCCCAUAAUCCCGAUUGUGUUCCCGAAUUACCCGCAGCCCGAAGAGCUAGACAAGAAUAUCGUUAGACAUAUGGUUGACAAGAUGGAGUUCAAACAGCAAGAAAUAGUGGAUGCAGUUGUGAAAAAUAGGUGAUCAAUAAAGAGAUAUUAAUCGAUUAAAUUGGAUUUUUGCAGUCGCAUAUCCAGGAGAUGACUCUCUGUUUAGUAAUUUGGGUCGAAAACGAAUGGAGAGCAAUCGGAGAACUCUCAGAGCGAGGCUGUAAACCGCUCUUUGGUUAAUCUUCGUAAUUGGUUUAAGAAAACUCGCGCCUCUCUCUUAACCAAUCAGAUGUAAACUUUCAACCAAUCGUAACUUGGCUAUUAUCGUUUUCCCGCGCUUCUGAGAGGAGUCGCUGAAAUUUAUUUUGCGCUUUCACUGGCUCCUUGUGAUCUUUAUCUUUAACUUGAUCGACCACUGUGUUUCCUUUCGUUUUGGUUCCAUGACAGUUAAUCAAAAUGUACUCAAACCACGCCCUAACCAGAGUUGAACUAUUGCACUGUUCGCGCAGGGAAGCUGAAAUAUAGAGGUUCUUGUCUUUAAUAACCCUUUGUGACAGAAACAUGCGCUUCACAUAUUUUUUAUUUUUCUCCUUACAGAUCUACUGCUACAUCAACUGUCUAUCACCUUCUACAAAGAAAACUUAAAAGAUAUUAUGUCAAACACCCGGGAGAAGCUGAGCAUGUGAUGAAUGACGUCACAUUUAACUCGAAGCCCGUUCGCAAUUCCUCAACAGCCACGCCAGAGUUAGAAAUUAGGAAUUCGUCUAAAAAGAGACGCGAAUUUGCAGUUACGACCGUAAACGCUUGUGAUUUUAAUGAUAAAAAGCAAACUACUCCGGAUGAAACAAAGCCAGAGUCAGAGAAGUUAGCGCUUCCCUGUGCAGGACGGGAGCAACUUUCUUCUCCAAGCAAGGAGAACUUGUCUAAAUUGGAUGAAGAGCUUGCAGAAAACCCCAAAAGUUUACAUGAAGAUGAUCCAAUUUCAGAGAAAUCUAUCAAUGAAAUCGACGAAGAUAAUUCUUCUGAACAGAAAGAUAGAACCUGUAGCGUACUAAGUGACGGCGGGAUUGAAAUCUCCAGAAAGGAUUCCUGCAAUUACUCUUCAGUACAAGUCAUGGCAGUGAAUGGUCGCCGGCUGUCGCAUAUUUCGGUUGAAAGCAAAGCCGAGACGGGCAAGAAAUCUGCCACGGUAGAUUUAGACGAGAGAAACGAGCAAGAAGGAAAAGAGAGUACUGUCAAUAAUCAUGAAAAUUCCUCGCGACGCAUUUCUGAAACAAAGUCUGUUGCGCCCCAGGGGAGAAUUUCUCCAAGGCUUUCGGCUCCAAAUACGCCAUCUAUAGGCAAAGUUUCUCCUAUUAAUGCCAAGAUUAUUUCUAUCCCGCUGCAACCGAUGAAAAUGGAAUUUCCUGAAAAGGUAAUUUGCAGGCUUUAUUUCCCCUACCUAUCGAAAAAACGAUUUAACUUUCGCUUUCACAAAGUAGUCGAAGGGUGUAAAGUCAAAAAAUGGUAACGUUCGAGAAAUCUUACAUUUAGAUGUUAAGCCAGAAAUUUUUCCAGAAAUUUUUCGUUAAAAAGACGACAAUUUUUUUUCAACGCAGUACUCCAAUUUUAAGACUCAUUCACCAACCCCUUAUUCCUAGGGUGCGGUGAAAUUCUGGUAAAAUUCAGCAAAAAGAAAAUUGUGGUCUUUCAUACUUUUCUUUUAAUUUUCACAGGUAAAAUUUAACCACAGACGGUUUUCCCUUCCUCAGACCUUUCUACCGCCCAGGAACCUGGGAACUACUCAGCAAAGACAACAUGUUCCCAGUCCCUUCCACUUCAAUUCAACCAUGUCUUCUACGGAUGCAAAGCAGAGAAACAGAGAUUCUCCGUCACUGCCACCUUACGGGCUAUGCUGCCAAUUGACAGCGAUAAAGCCUCAGGAAGAAAAGGAAGACUCUGUGACACGUGCUCACGAAGCGAGAUCACGCGGUGAUCACGCGCAGCACAAUGGAAUUGAAAAUAGACAUGCGCAACCGCGGCGGAAUGUUUACUAUUCUCCGUCCACUGAAAGGCGAUUUCCGAGUAAACGCCAUUCAGUCGCCACAUCGGGAGGUAGAGAACUGUUGAAAAGUAUAAAUAACACAUUAGGUAGGCUUGUGGAAAUUCAAGAUAACACAGAGUCCUCAAAAUCGCCAGACAGUUUAUUACUGAGAUCUCGCUUGCAACCUGCCACAAUCAAGGCACCCUUAAAACGCGAUUCAUCCGUGGAAGGCGUAAAAAUAUCUCUGAUACAGGAGCACGUUGGUGUUGAACGAGCCAAGGAAAAGCGCAGCUCUGGACUCAAGAUAAGUUGUAGUGUGAAGGAUACUCAGACUGCUAAACCUGUGCCUUCAUCAAAUCCAACUGGACUUUCUACCACUGAAUCGAAGUCGGCAAAAGAGCAAAUUACCAGAGAGAAGAAACCGAAAGCAGGGUUGCUGAAUAGAAGCGUAGCAGGAAGAAGAAGAAAGACAUUAGAGAACAAGAUCCCACCAGAAAAUGACAGUGCAUCUUCACCAAGGCACGAGGAUGGGUCGCCUCUAAAUCGUCGAUCUCUUGACGAUAAUCAUUGCUCUACCCAUGACGCCUUACAGAGUGGCCGCCGAUCACUUGAUUCGUUGGAGGAAAUCAUUUAAGCAGCUGUGAGUUGUUCAAGAUGUUUAAAAUUACGUACCAUGUUUGGAAAAUUCAACACAGAAAACCACGACACGUGAACGCGUCUAAAUAUUUAGUAUUUGAGAUCUGAGUUGUUCGAAGCAUGAUCACCGCAUUUAAACGUUUGAAUACCCAGGUGACUUAGGAUCAGUGUCAAUCGAGUUUCAAAUACCUUAGCUUAAUAAAUGCGUUAAGAUUAGUUUGAAAGUUUAAAAAAUCGACGGUAAUGGGUUAAGUAAAAAGGUGAAAAAGUUUAUUCUUCAUUCAACGACCGAGUUGGGAAUUCUUAUCUAAACACAAGACGCCUUCGAAAAAGCUGAUCUUACCUGUAUGCAGUACGCUGUUCCUAUGUCCUCUACAGCUCUCUGAUCCAAAUCCGAGGGUCUGGAAAUCAAUUGCUCGUGGUCCUAAGGACUUAGAAUUUUCCCUGUUUUACACUCGUAAUAAAACGAAUAGCAACUGUUUUUAAACACACAAAUUUUUAACUUCUCUAGCAACCUUUAAUUUUCAUCCAUCAGAUAUGAUUUCUAUUUUACUCCGAAGUAUGUAAUGAAUGUUUCUUUAGUUUUCCUUCUUACGUCGCGUUAGCCCCGCGUUCAGCCUUGACACACAGGUCCAUGCAAUUGAAGCAGGGUACGUGGUACCUGAGGUUCAUAACCUUAGUUCCCAGGGAUUUCCCCUAAUAGCCCGCGGAAUAAGGUUAGAAGUUCGUAAACCUUUCUUUGCAGCAGUUUUUUUUUUUAUAUAAGAAAGCAAAAUGCUUUCAUAUUUAUAAAACGUGCAAUAGAAGGGAAGGCAAUCGUUUAGGAGGUGGUUUUGUUCAACAAGCACAAAGUGUAGUUCCAAUAUUAAACCAGGAUUUACUAAAAUUAAUUGAAUGUUUUUUUUAGCAUUAAGUAUAAUUAAAAUGGAACACAAGAAGUAAUAAUUGAAAUGAAGUCUAAUGAAAAUGUAUUGUUGAAGACAUAUUAAUACUAUAUGAAUAAAAUUGUUAGCCUGGC